AAGUGAAAAGAGCCUUAUUUUUGUGCCUUAAUUUUAUUUAAUUUAAUUACUUUCCUUUAUGUUGACUGAUUGUACUUUACAUGCUUUUUAGUCAUACUAUAACCUCUGUCACUUACAAUAAAAUCAAUUGUUUACUUGUUUACCUGAUUCAUGAAUUUGUAUAAAGUUAACUCAAUUAUUCAAUGAAAAAGUUUAUUUUAGAGAAAAAUUUUCAAACUGGAAUGACUGUUCAUCCACUUUCUACCAAUCCAACGACAGCCACUUCAACUUUGAUACAAACAUUUCAACCACAAUUGUCCUCAUCGUCUUCACCACAAUCUCUAUCACCUUCAACUCUAUUUACAAUUAAUGGAUAUAACACCAAUGGUCCAUCCAAGUCCCAUCAACAGGGAGUUAAUUCAAAUCAAUUAAUUCACUCUCCAGCUAAUAAUCCCAUCAAUUCCAUUGGCAACCACAAUGAUUCCGGUUUCCAACAGUAUCGAACAUCAGUUUCCGCCAAUGCAUCUUCUAGUCUUGAAGAAAGCCUUCUCAAAAGUGCACAGUCACAUAAUACCCAGUCUUCUGGACCCUCCACUGAAAACCCAGGAUCAUCAUCAUCAUCAGCCCCCGCCAAUCUCACUAAUCACAUUCUUCCAUAUAGUGAGAGGUUAAGAUCAGCAGCAGUAGCUGCUGGAUACACUUAUAAUCCGUUCAUCGGUUCACCGUCUCAUGCAAAUCCAUCAGCAUCUAUGCCACCAUCACAAUCCUCUCAAUCUUCCCAUCACAAUCUCACGACACAUAUGCCUCCUCAUCCACCGGCACCUUACAGGAUUGAAGAUCCAAUGUAUCUUGAAAGAUAUGGAAUCAUGCGAUCAGGAUCAAGUAAUAUCCAUCAAACGUCAAAUGUCCAAUCUUUAAAUCACUCUGAGUUAUCACCGGGACAUGUAACAUCAAACUCCAAUGUGCCUUCCUAUCAAAUGAGUUCUCGAUACUCUGAACUUUUAGCAACACACCAGGAAAGAGUUCUUAACGACGAAAAGCAACGAUUACUUGGUCAUGGAACAAACUCUAACCAUGUCUCCACCCAUUCUCAUCAACAUCCUUCCAACCAUCCUUCCAAUCAUCCUCCAGUCUCUUCUUCCGGUCCACCUAGCUAUAAAAUGAAUACAUCAGUACUAUCUAAUUGCGAACUUGGAAUUCGGAAUCGUGAAUAUUUAACCAAUGGUAAUUUAUUGGUUGGAAUGUCUGCAAGAGAAAUGAAUAGCAUGUCAAAUUCAAAUAAGAAACAGCUUAAUGGAUCUGUUACAAUAAGUAAUCCCGGUACAAAACCUCUUAACUUAACUUCAAAUAGUACCGUGAUUAGCAAUAAAGACAGAACCAAUGCCAUCUUAAUCGAUAUUAAAAAGGAUCAAACUGCUCAUAUGAUUUCUAACCAAUUUGGUCAUCAAUUAAUCCAGUCUUCUACUACAUUCACAACAAACCCAGUGACAACCAUUUCAACAGCACCAGUAAACAACCAUCUUUGGAGGCCACAAAUAAAUGAACGAGAUGAUUCAAGAGUGGGCAAUAGAAUCAAUCCAGAUUUUGUUAAAAGAAAUAAUGCAUUCGAGAAUCCGAUAGAUUAUAGUUAUACUAAAAAACAACGUUUCAGUGACCUGCCGAGUGAUUUUUCUCUUAAGUCUUCUAUUGAAAUUUCAUCUCAACCAUUCGUUCCGUGCAACCCAUCACCUUUUCUCAUCAACACACCGGAUCAUGUUUCACAAAUGAUUUUAUCAAGACCUCAACAAACUCAGCAAACUCAACCAUCUCAACCCCUCCAAUCACAUCAACCACACCAACCACCUCAAUCCACUCAGUCUUCUCAAUCGACUCAAAAACCAUCAGUAUCUUCACCUCAUCAAUCUAACUUAAACAUUCAAUCAAAAAAAUCAACGAUUUGUGAGUUGACACCAUCAAAUCGACCAGCAAUUCCAGUUUAUCCUACACCGCACAAAGAUUACAACGGUUACAAGCCUACUGAACCUGAAACUAAGGUGGUCUCAAAAUUAGAUUUAUUAGAAAUGAAAUUGAAAGCAAGGAGAAAGGAGCGUGCCGAGAGGCCAACAUCUAGAGCAUCGGUUGAAACUAGUGACGAUGAACUAACAUGCAGUGAAGAUGAAUCCGAUGAGGAAGAAUCCGAAUUGAAUAAAGCGAGAAAUCGAUUGAAAUAUAUGAUAACCUCAGGACCGCCAUUGAAAUUGGAUGCAAAACCAGAGAAAAUUGAUUUUCUCAGUCGACUUGGAUUGGUAACACAUUCAACCAAGCGCAAUUUACUCUUUAACAAGCAUGUUUCUAGUAGACGAUUCCAUUCAAAUCUUGAUGCUAAACCAUUCGAUUUGACUAAUGUGCCACAACCUGAACUUUACGACUCUGAAAACAUAUUUUUACAACCAACUGAUAUUCUACCGAGUAGUUUAAAUAAAGCUGAAGUAAAGUUUGAUGAUAAGUGCGGCUACAUGAACAUUUUGGGCCUUAAACAUGAAUUGAAUGCUGAAAAAAUGAAGGAACGUGAACUACUUUGGGAAGGUGUUCUCGAGGAAAGAGACAGACGAAGAUCAAUUAAUCUAAGUUAUGGUAAAAUCACCAAUAAUCUCUCCAAAGAAACUUUAGACAAGUGGCUAAACUAUCUUUCGUCUCAACCCCGAAUAUAUCCUGAACGAUUUAACAAAAAUGGAGUUAUCAAUGGCAGCGCCAAUAAUAGUACAUCUUCAUCUUCAUCCUUCUCUUUACCAUCUUCCCUCGAGAACUGCACUCCUUUAGCUGUUAACAAUUCAUGGCACAAUCAAAGGCGUACUUUGAAUGUGACUGACCGUAAACAAUCAAAGUCUAAUAAUGCUAAACAAGGAUUAUUGAAAUCUUUGGAUAAUAAAGAGUUUGCUCAAAAAAAUUCAAAACAAAAAGCUGAAGCAGUUGAAAGGAUGAAAGAUGAUUCGCAAUCAAUCAAAUGUGUUAAUAUGAAAUCUGAAUCGUAUUCGGAUCCUGGUCAUAAAGAUAAAUCGACAAAAAAUUCUGAAUCUAAUCACUCUACUGGCUUCAAAUGGCCGGGUAUUGAAGCUAUCUUGGAAGCAUAUGAAAAAUAUACAAUUGAAACACAAUUAGAGAAAGAGUUCCUAUCGGAGAGAAUUUCAGAGCUGAAGUCAGCAAUAAAAGAAAAAAAUGCCCACGUCGAAAAAUUAACAAAAACGAUCACUAGUCUCACAAAUGUUCAACGUGAACUGGACGAAGAACGUGAAGAAUAUGAAAAUAAGAUAAAUCUAAUAAAAAGGAAUCUCAAUCAAAUAGCUCACUCAUUGGAAGUCUUCAAAAUUCCUAACCAAUAAUUUAAAUGCAUACAAAAUUUUCAUUAUUUACUGUAAAUAAUCAUUCAUCGAAACAGAGAUCAUUUUAGAUUGUGUAAUAAAAUGUGUCCAAAAUGAA